CUGAUAAUUUGAGUGCUAAAUUAUUAAUUGUUUUUAAUAAAUUUUGACAAGAUUUUCAAAAUGUCGAUUAUGCCAUUAUGGCCAAAUUUACAACCUAGAGCAACAGAUCCUUUGUGGUUUAAUGCCGAUAGACCUUGUGAUGAUGAAAGUGAGGUAGUUCAACUUGAAGCAGAACAUCAAGCGUGGAGAGAACAUGUUCGGGUACAAGGUUAUGAUCAUAUCCCCAUAGGAAAGACAGUUAGUGACUUUAGAGGAUCAGAAGAGGAAGAAGAAGAAGAAGAAGAAGAAGAAGGUGAAGGAGAAGAAGAAGAAGAAUCAGAUACCCAUGAAGAAGAAGAAGAAGAAUUAGACGAAAUUGAUAUGGAAGUGAGCUACUCACAUCAACAACAAACUUCCAGUCCAACAGAUACAGUGACAGAUCCAGUAUCAAUUAGAAUGUGUACCGAGAUAGCGAGUUGGAAGAAAAUGAGAGUGUCGAGAACGAAGAUGGACGAGACACCUUUCUUUUGACGAUUAUGAGCUGUUCGGAUUUCAUAGAAUAUCUCUCUUCGUAAUUUAGAAUGGACGAAAGUAGUUAGGAAAAGCGCAUGGAGGUGAGGUUAAAACACGUCAAAACACAAUACGAACGUAAAACAGGAUGUGACGAUUAAUCGAAAAUGCCUAAGCGGGACUGACAGUGGCGUAAUACUACGCACGUCGCGAAAGAAAGCAGAGAAAGUAUUUAAAUGAAGCAUAAAUCGAGAAGAAAUAAGAGUUACGAUCGUUCGUCAGAAACGACUGUGAUAAUGUGACAAAUAAUUAGAAUCACCGACUAUUUAUUCGUAUUACAAUACAAUUACAAUAUUUGCAAUAAUAUAAAAUAAAAGGAAAAAGAAAAAAAAAAGUUAAAAACCGAAAAAAGUAGAAUUGUAAUAAUAACGAAGAAGGAAUAUCAAGAAGGCAGGAUCGACAAAGAGCGAAAUAUUUGAGAGAAAUGCACGAAAAGGCCUUUUGGAGCGACAAGGAAAGAGUGGGGAGGCUCGCGGUAGAGAGAGUCGACGCAUCGAAGACGACGUGCGAAAGAAUGAGAGAGAAUGAGACGAGCGCGAGCAGGAAGAGCGGCACGAGCGAGAGUCGGGGAGUUCGGGAGUACUCGGCCGCUCAGUCGAACGCGCGAUUACAAGCACACGAGACGCGUGGGCUCUCUCUCUCUCGACGACCAAGCUGAAAGUGUUUCGUACGCGACCACGUGCCGGCUAAACCGCCGGAACGUAACAGAACGAUACACGACGAGAACAUACAUCGAGUGACAUCGUAAAGGACACAGUGCCGUUUGCACGCUCACGAUCAUCUCCAUCGAUUUUCGCUUCGAUUUCACGAACUUCACGAAAUCUUUUUCUGCUGGAUGUGUACGAAGAGUGAAAAACAAUACGUCGUAACAGAACGAUCGUGACUUUGAGUAAAAUUUUCCGACGAGGACGGUGCGCGUGCAGUGAGUGGGUGAUUUGUCAGUUGGUGACUUGAAGUGAACAUUAAACCGAAAAAGAAGAACGAUCAACGAUCAAAUAGAAGGAAAUUUUGCAAGCUUGUUAGAUCCAGAUGUCACGGGUGCAUCCUCGAUCGAUAUUCUCUCAUCUCUCAGCAGAUGAUUCUCUGGUAUUGCAGCUCGAACGUUCACCGGCCAGAACUCUUGUCUUUCACACGUUACGCGACGUCGAUCGUGAUUUUCCUUCUCCUCACUUCGUAAACAAUUGCUGCAUCCGGUACACGCGCACACGAUCAUCGAUUAUCGGAACUUGGCCGACCAUAUUGCGGACCAUUCUACUUGCCCGAUAACUCGCGUCAUCUACUACUGUCCGAUCCGCACCUAUAGACUCGCACGAAACGUGGGUGUAGGCGUCGUCUCUCACGUGGGCGCGUAUUUUUGUCAACGAUUGCGAACGAUUAGACGACAAUGAGACUGAAAAAAUGAAACUCGUAUAUAAGCAUAAUUAGGCCAUUGUCCUACGAGGGGGAAAAAAAAAGGAAAGAAACGAAAACGAGCUCUUCGAUCCUCGAUUUAUAUUUAAGAUGACUCGUCAAUAAUUGAUCAUCAAACCAUUGUCUUUUUCUAAUUAUUCUAUGAAAAAAAGAAGAGAAAGGUUUCGAGAAAGAGGGAAUUUUCGUCUCCCUGAAAA